UUCAUUUCUCCGUUUGGUGGUUGGAAAAAUAACGAGAGCGACCGGGGAGGUCUGACGGGGGGUGGCGGGCGCAAGAAAAGAGCCCUUUCUAGGGCUUCGUCCUCUACAAGAGCGAACACGAUGUUGUGCGCAAUCGGGCCGCCAACAGAGAGCACCUCAAGGUGGCGGUCCUACACCUGAGUUCAAUUAUGGAUUUGUCUGAUCUGGAUGCAGAGGGCUCGGAGAGGAGCCCCCACGCGAGCAGCGCCCCUCAGGGCUACUCGAUCACGGGGCUGCUGAUGACCGCCGCUGGCGCCCCGUGCACCGCCGUGUCCGACUCGCUGCUCUCGGCCAGCUUGCUCAGCGCCUUCGCCGCUGCCCCCAAUCCUAAUGCAUCCACGGCGGUCAUCCAGCAUCCGAAAUACUCAGGCUACGGAGACAGCCCGCUGGGAAAUUCGUCUAACAGUCAAUCGUUGGUCAACGAGGAAGACAACUCUGGACCAGACGAUGACUCGUCUCCGGGAAUAAAUUUCUCGCCUCUCCCCGGCCCAUCUUCUGGAGGCGGAGGACCGGUGAAGCGCAAGCAGAGGCGAUACAGGCACGACGAAGUGGUUUUAUAAUUUUAGUGACUAAAAAAAUCGAUAUUUAGGACAACAUUCACCAACUUCCAACUUGAGGAGCUGGAACGAGCGUUUCAAAAGACACAUUAUCCAGACGUUUUCUUCCGAGAAGAACUGGCCGUCCGAAUAGACUUAACAGAAGCACGGGUCCAGGUCUGGUUCCAGAACAGGAGAGCCAAGUGGCGAAAGCAAGAGAAGUUAGCCGUGAAACAACAACAGCAGCACCACCACCACCAACAUCACGCCCUUGUCAACCACUCUGCCUCUUCGCUUGUGCAAGGAAUCCUCUCAAUACCAGUUUCGAACAGCCCUGGAGGAAUGAUUUCCGAUUCGCCUCUCUUGUCAGCCCAGACCCUAUCGUCACUUGGAGGCUCAAGUCCCCUGGGCUCGUUCAGUCCGACGCCGUCGGGAGGGAUGUAUUUGGGCAUGGAGUGGCCUGCCCAGGGAUUUUCCCCGCCGCUACCAGCAGCUUCGCCGCACUAUGUGAAUAAGGGUCAAAUUCGCAUGGAGAGCCCUUCAUCAGAGCUGGUCGACUCAGGGACAAGUGCAUCGGAUCUGCUUAUGCACGCAACGGGGACGCACUCGCCCCCGUCGACCCCCCAUUGCUCGGUUUCGUCGCCGGGGCCGCUGUCGCAGCAACACGACCAACUUCCUGACCUUCACGAACUCAAGAGUGAUAACGACUGAAGAAAAGGGAUUGUUUAUAUUAUUAUUGCUGUUAUCAAUUUUACAAUAUAGCUCAUCCAUACUGCUAACGAGGGAAGGAAACUGUAAAAGCCUUUCGGAAAUAUAUUUAAUUGUUAUUAUUAAAUGUAUUAGGCCUGCGUCUGGCUAUUUUCUCAUAAUUAAUUUUUGUAAUUUGAUGUUUAAAUGUCCUGGAAUUCGGCUUGUUGUCAUUAAAAUUAAUAAUUAUCAAAAUAU